AGCAGCUACUCAGCUGCUUAAGCUGGCCCACAAGUACAGACCAGAGACAAAGCAAGAGAAGAAGCAGAGGCUGUUGGCCCGGGCCGAGAAGAAAGCUGCUGGCAAAGGGGAUGUCCCCACUAAGAGACCACCUGUCCUUCGAGCAGGAGUUAACACCAUCAUCACCUUGGUGGAGAACAAGAAGGCUCAGCUGGUGGUGAUUGCACAUGACGUGGAUCCCAUAGAGCUGGUUGUCUUCUUGCCUGCCCUGUGUCGUAAAAUGGGGGUCCCUUACUGCAUUAUCAAGGGGAAGGCCAGACUGGGCCGUCUAGUCCACAGGAAGACCUGCACCACUGUCACCUUCACACAGGUGAACUUGGAAGACAAAGGCGCUUUGGCUAAGCUGGUGGAAGCUAUCAGGACCAAUUACAACGACAGAUACGAUGAGAUCCGCCGUCACUGGGGCGGCAAUGUCCUGGGUCCCAAGUCUGUGGCUCGUAUCGCCAAGCUCGAAAAGGCAAAGGCUAAAGAACUUGCCACUAAGCUGGGUUAAAUGUACACUGUUGAGUUUUCUGUACAUAAAAAUAAUUAAAAUACAAAUUUUCCUUC